UAAAUCAGUUGCAUUUCCCUUCCCGGAAUAUGAGAGGCGCCUUGUUGUCCACGACGACGAAUACCUCAAUCCACUUUCUUCUUCUUCGGACCACCGCCGUUCCGUCUCCGAUUCCCCAUCGCCGCCGAUUCACCCACCGGAAUCCACCAAUAGAAGAAUACGCAUCCCUCAAAGCCACCGCAUCGAGCCCUCGGAUGGAGUCUAUCAUGAAGAACGGCGGCGGCAACGAGACCAAGCAGAGUGAGGAGAAAGAGGGAUCACCAACCCAUCAACCGCAUGAAUGCUCUUCUCUCUCGUCGGAUCAGCCUCCACAGCCGCCGGAGAAGCCUGAACCAGGCGAUUGCUGUGGGAACGGCUGCUUCCCUUGCGUUUGGGAUUCGUAUUACGAAGAACUUGAAGCUUAUACGAAGAAUCUCGAAGCCUACAACGAUAGAGUCUCUUCCCAGAAAUCAUGAGCGCAUUUGCGGUGCUGUGAAGGUGACUCGUUUUGAUUACACUUUGAAAUCAUACUUGACUUCUAAAAAUUUAUGGUUCAUUACACUAUAAGUUCCUUUUCUGGGGGAAUUGAUAUUUUUCUUUUGUUUUUUUUUUAUUUUUUGAUGGGCCGAUCAGCUUGUUAUUUUUGGAUCGACCUCGAAAUCUAUGUUCUAAAAAUUUGAAUUGAUUGUAAUAUUUCGUAUUGGAUGUUAACUACAACUAGUUGCACAGUUGAUUGAACAGCAUGUCGGGUGAAUUUGUUGAAUUUUCAGUAGGAAUAAAUGACUGGAAAGGGCCCGUAAAAAUUUAUUGAAUAUAA